UGAUCACACCAUUUGCAUUGCAGAAACGAGGAACUUCUGUGUCUUGAAAAUAUUUAUUCUUGUUUCCAAUAAUUGUUGUGCUCCUAUUCCAAGAAAAAAAAAAUAAAAAGAAAAAUAAGGAAGAAUGGAGCAUCCAGAGAAGAAGCUAAACCCCCUGAAGAGAAGCUUCCAAGCCAUGAAUGGAGGAGUUGAUACUGACCCGACUAAUGUUACCAGGAUGAGAUUCCCACCCAGAGAUGAGAUGAAGGUGGUUAAGGUUGCAUUGAUGAGGAAUACAAUUGCUGUUCUGGAUUCUGGGAUUGAUAGGACUAUGCUUUCCCUGUUGAUGGUUCAAGAAUUUGUGAAAUCAUUCAUGGGGAUUAAUGUUGGCAAAAAGAUUGUGAUUUUAGCAACCACUGUUAAUUUUGUUCAUCAGCAAUAUGAAGCCAUCAAAUGCCACACAAAGCUUCAAGUUCAAGAGUUCUAUGGGGCAAAAGGAAUCGAUGAUUGGGAUGGAAAGACAUGGGAAAAAGAAGUGAAUGAUCAUGAUGUUUUGGUGAUGACCCCACAAAUCUUACUGAAUGGAUUGGAAAAGGAAUUCUUAAAUAUUGGAAGAAUUUCCUUAAUGGUUCUAGAUGAGUGCUAUCGUGCUUUCGGCAGUCAUCCCUAUGCCAAAAUUAUGAAGGAGUUCUAUCACCAAUCAAGCAAAAAGCCCAAGAUUUUUGGGAUGGCUGCUUGCGCUUUUUCUAGAAACGGUAGCUCAUCAACUGAAGAACUUGAAAGUCUUCUAGAUUCCCAGAUCUUUACAAUAGAGAGCUGGGGAGAAUCGAUAGACUCUGUCUGCUCUGCAAAUGAAUGCUGCAUAUUUUAUGAUCCGCCAGUUACUUCCAGUUCAGAAAUGAAGAUGAAAUUAGAUUCAUCUUGGUCAAAGUUUGAUGCAAUUUUGCUCAAGCUGCAAGGUUCGCUGCCAAGUCAGUCUACAGAUACCGAUGCUAAGUAUGAGAUGUUGCGGAAGAAGUUGUCUGAGGAUCAUGCAAGCAUUAUAUGUUGUCUAAAUAAUCUUGGGGCAAUACCUGCAUUUGAGGCUGCUAAAGUUUGUCUGGAAAAUAUUCUUAACGAUAGAGAAGAAUGUGAAUAUACGGAAUGUUCAUCACAGCGUAGAUAUUUUCUUGAGGAAGUAAUAUUGAUUUUUGAUGAGGCAUUUCCACCUGAUUGUGAAGAGCUUCCAGCUUUUGGCUAUGAUCCUUCUGUAACUGUUACUAUGGACCAUAUAUCUCCGAAGUUAAAUUUGCUGUUUGAAACUAUCAAAUCAUUUGGCAAAAAUCAAGUACCAUGCCUCGUAUUUGUUGAAAACACUUUAACAGCUAAAGUAAUUGAGAGACUUGUAAUGACAAUAACUUGCUUACAUCAUUUCAAUGUUUCGUAUUUAACGAGAACAGAAUUGCAAGGAGAAACUUUGGAAUCCUUCUGCUCUAGAAAGGUGGAUGUAUUAUUUACAACUGAUGCAGAUGUGGAGGGAAUUAAUCUACCUGACUGCUCUUCUGUCAUAAGAUUCGAUUUGCCAAGGACAGCUUCUAGUUAUGUCCAAUCUCAAAAACAAGCUUCUCAAAAAGAUUUGAAGUACAUAAUAAUGCUUGAAAGGGGAAACGUAGAACAGAGAGAUCAAAUGUUCAAUUUGAUAUGCAGUGAGUGUCCCGUGACAGAUGUAGUGACAGAUGUAGCUAUAAGCAAGGAGACCAAUGCUUCUGUUCUAAAACCAUGUGAAAUGAAGGAAACUAAUGCAUAUUGCAUAGAGGCAACUGGUGCAUCUGUGAAUAUGGAUUCAAGCAUCGCUCUGAUAAAUCGUUACUGUCAAAAACUAGGAGACAAGCCGAAUUUUGAGACCAUGUUGUUAGGGCAAUUGCAUAGAUGCAAAUUGACAUUACCGCAAAAGGCAGCUUUUCAGACAAUUAUUGGUCCUGAUAGUUCGAAUGCUCGUCUAGCGAAAAAGCUUGUAUGCUUGGAGGCAUGCAAAAAACUGCAUGAGCUGGGGGCGCUGAAUGACCAUCUUCUUCCUACUGGCUCAAAGCCUCCCAAAAAGGAUCCCAAUCUGAAUGGUCAAAGUACUCAAAUAUCAACUUCGGGUGCAGGAACAACGAAGAGAAAGGAAUUGCAUGGGACAACCUGCAUCAAUGCACUGGCUGGAAUGUGGGGAGAGGAGGAAGCUGAAGUAAACUUUCAAGCAUAUAAAAUGGAUUUCUGCUCUAGUGAUCCAGAAGUGCAGUAUUCCAAAUAUGUUCUUUUAUUGGAACAAAAGCUAGACGAUGAUGUUGGAAAUAUUGAAGUGGAGCUCUUCUUACUUAAAAGAAACGUCAAAGCUUCUGUCUCCUCACUUGGGGAAUUAUGCCUGGACUCGGAUCAGGUUGCAAAAGCAAAACGGUUUCAGGAAUUCUUUUUUAAUGGGCUAUUUGGGAAACUUUUUACCAAAGUAUCAGGUGAAAGAACGCUUAUUUUUAACAAGGAAGAAUCAUCGUGGGAGAAAUCGUACAUGUACUUGCUCUUGCCCCUUGAUACAACAGACCCUAGUCCUGAACCAUCAUGCAUCGAUUGGAAUGGAAUUCAAUCUUCUUUCUCUACUGUGGAAUAUUUGAAGAAAAAUGCUUGGCUUAAUGUUGAGAUGUCUGAAGCUAAUAGGAGGAAUUCUUUACUGAAUAGAAAUGAUUCUGAUGCAAUGGAUAUUGAUUGCACAGAGCUGAUUCACUUGGCCAAUAAAUCAGUUCAUGGAAACAGCGUGAGGAAUAUGGUGGUUGUUGCUAUUCAUACCGGAAGAAUCUAUUCUAUUUUGGAAGUUGUUACUAAUUCUUCUGCUGAAAGCCCUUUUGAAGGUGGUAGUGAUGAGAUCCCGUCAACUUAUUCAUCAUAUGCCGACUAUUUCCUGAAAAGGUAUGGGAUUAUUCUGGUUCAUCCUGAACAGCCGUUAUUUCUGUUAAAGCAAAGCCAUAAUGCCCAUAAUCUUCUCGAAGACUUUAGGAACACAGGUUUGUCCUCUGAAAGGAAAUCAGAGAAUGGCAGCAAAAUGGCUUAUAUAAAACCACAGCAACAUGUUCACAUUCCACCUGAACUUCUAAUCAGUAUUGAUGUUAGGAUUGAUGUCUUAAGAUCAUUGUACUUGCUACCUUCACUAAUGCAUCGACUUCAGUGCCUAAUGCUGGCCAGCCAGCUUAGACGAGAGAUUUCAUGUCAUUAUGGCAACUCUCCCGUGCCAAGCUCAUUGGUUCUGGCAGCUCUCACAACUCAGAGGUGUAACGAGAGUAUUUCCAUGGAGCGUUUAGAAUUGCUAGGAGAUUCAGUUUUGAAGUAUGCUAUGAGCUGUCACCUCUUCCUUAAAUAUCCCGAUAAAAAUGAAGGCGGGCUAUCUGAUAAGCGUAGAUGGGCAGUUUGCAAUUCAACACUUCAUAAGUUGGGCAUCAGUCGUGAUAUACAGGGAUAUAUACUAGACCGUCCAUUUAUUCCUCGGAUGUGGACUGCCCCGGGACAACUUUCUAUUUGGCCUUCUCCAUGCAACCAUGGUGUGGAGACAUUACAAGUGCCUGUGGACGGGAAAUUUUUCAGAGAUGACGAGAAAGUGGAACUCGGGCAGUGCUGUGAUAGAGGUCACAGAUGGAUGGUAUCGAAAACUAUAUCGGAUUGUGUUGAAGCACUUAUCGGGGCAUAUUAUGUAGGCGGUGGUUUGGAUGCUGCCCUUAAGGCGAUGAAAUGGAUUGGCGUGGAUGUUGAUCUUGACCUAUCUCUGGUAAAUGAUACCAUAAAAGCUGCGUCUCUCCACUCCUAUACCCCAAGCUCGAAAGAUAUUGAAAUCCUUGAGUCAAAGAUCGGCUACGUAUUUUCUGUCAAGGGGUUGUUAUUAGAGGCCAUAACGCACAAAACUAAGCAAGACCUAGGCGUCAGUUACUCUUACGAGAGGCUUGAAUUUCUAGGAGAUGCGGUAUUAGACAUACUGAUUACUUUGUAUCUCUAUCAAAAUCACACCGAUGUUGACCCCGGGGAGUUAACGGAUCUACGUUCUGCCUCGGUCAACAACCAAAAUUUUGCGCUUGCUGCCGUGAGGGCAAAUCUUCAUCCGCAUCUUGAGCACUGCUCGGGGCUUCUUGAAAGCCAAGUAUUGGCGUUUGAGAAGUCGGUGUCCAACUCUAGCUGCAACGCGGACUUGCUUAUGGGCGGGAAAGCGCCCAAGGAACUGGGGGACUUGGUGGAAAGUAUUGUCGGGGCAAUACUUAUUGAUACCAAACUUGAUUUGGGAAAAGUUUGGGAAAUCGUUGAACCGUUACUUUCGCCCAUUGUUACUCCCGAAAAUUUGGAACUCCCUCCUUAUCGGGAAUUGAUCGAACUGUGUAGCUCUUUGGGCUACUUUUUAAAACAAGACUGGAAAAGAAAAGGAGACGUUGUUCAUGCCGAGCUUUCGUUACAGCUGGAAGAUGACUUGUUGGUCAAAGAGGGACUCGGACAGUGCAGAAAAGACGCAAAAGGGCAGGCGGCUCUUCUUCUUCUCAAAGACUUGAAGAGUCGAGAAAUCUCAUCGAAGAGAAAUAGACCAGAGAUCGACCUUGUUGCUGUUCCUUUAGCUGGAGUUCCUUUGCUAACCGCUGAUAGCUCUAGCAGUCCUUGUAAUAAUUCAAAUAACAACAUUCCAGAAAUUCCGCCAAUCAACAUGAAAAAGGGAGGGCCUAGGACUUCGCUUUUCAACCUCUGCAAGACACUUCAAUGGCCAAUGCCUACAAUCGAUCCAUUGGAGACUAAAUCAAAGUCUCUGAUUGAAUUUGGCGAGUCGUCUGAAAGGAGGACGGGCUUCAUUAGCUUUGAAUCUCGAAUCACCUUGACAAUUCCUAACGUUGGAGCAAUUGAGCUCUUGGGUGAAAAACAACCCGACAAGAAGAGCUCUAGUGAUUCUGCUGCACUUGCCAUGCUUCGUGAGCUUGAACGACAAGGAAAGGUCAUCGUUCGCAAAGAAUAAUCUUUUCCCUACUCGGGUAACUGUCAAAAUUGUAACUGUGUAACCUGGAUUAAUGGUAUGUCUAAUUAUCUUGUAUCUAAACAAUAUGCAACAUUGAAGUUCAAUUUCUUGUAAAUACCAUUCUGGUUUAUGAGCAAAUUGGAAAAUGGUGGGUAGUGAUCAUU